AUUUAAAAUAAUGCAGAACAUUGCAACUGAUGUAUGUGUUACCAAGCACAUGGUUAAUGAUGCUGUUGAUUUUUCUCAUGCAACUGGUAUUGUAAUGUUAAAUAAACCAGAUGAAAGCUCAGGGGAUAGACAAAAGAGCAGUCAUGCACCGUUCACAAUGUAUCCAUCCUCAUUUUCGAAAAGUGCUUUUAGUCAAACACAAAGUGUUCAAGAUGAUAUCCAUUCACUUUUCCAUAAAGUCAGUAGAGAUGUGGUUUUUCUGGAAGAAGUUCUUCGUAGUACAAUUGCAGUUGACAGUUUUGUGAAAAAUCUUUUUGAAAUUUACAAGGCAACUCUGGGUAAUGAAUUUGCACAGAAAGUUGAAAUUGGUAUUUAUCGUUCUGAUUACAUGCUGCAGAAAUCUCCUGGUGAACCUGCAGUAUUUUUACCCAAGCAAAUUGAAAUAAACACAAUGGCAGCAUCUUUUUUUGGGAUUGGAACAAACAAAGUUAAAAGACUUCAACAAUACAACCUAAGAAAUGCAGGCAUAUCAUUUGACAAUUUAAACAUGCCUGAAAAUGGUGCCUUGGGUGGUAUAGCAAGAGUAAUGGUAGAAGGGUGGAAAAAAUAUGGGAAUCCUGAGGCUUUAUUUGUAUUUAUGAUUAAUAAAAGUGAGACAAAUAUAUAUGACCAGCGUGCCAUAGAAUAUGCAAUGUAUGAAUACGAUCCUGCUGUUAAAGUUAGAAGAAAAGUAUUUGAUAAUUGUAUAUCAACAACAAGAACUGAUCAAGAUGGAAAACUUUUUAUAGAUGAUGAAGAAGUGGCAGUGGUAUAUUUCCGAACCUGCUAUAUGCCUGAUCAGUUCCCAACAAACAAGCACUGGGAAGUUAGGAAAUUGAUCGAAUUGAGUUCUGCAAUUAAAUCUCCAAGCAUUGCCCACCAACUGGUUGGUUCUAAAAAAAUCCAACAAGUCUUAGCAAAACCUGGUGUCUUGGAAAAGUUUAUUAAAGAUGAGGAUGCCGUCAAACGACUGCGAGGCACAUUUGCAGAUCUAUAUUCACUUGACAUGAAUGCUGCAGGUGAUGCUGCUGUUAAACUUGCAAUUGAAAAGCCAGAGGGUUUUGUUUUAAAACCACAACGUGAAGGAGGGGGAAACAAUCUCUAUGACUCCGAAAUGGUUGAACAGCUUACUGAGAUAGGAGGUGAUGAAAGAAGAUGCGCUUACAUUCUUAUGGAGAAAAUCAUACCACCAGUUCAAAAAAAUUAUAUUAUUUAUGAUCAUGCUUGUUCAAUGGCAAAUACUGUUAGUGAACUUGGCAUUUUUGGCGCCUUUUUAACUAAUGGAGAUGAGGUCACUGAUAGCCACACUGUUGGUCAUUUAUUGCGAUCCAAAUCUGAUAAACACAAAGAUGGUGGCGUUGCUGCAGGUGUAGCUGUGCUGGAUUCUCCUAUUUUAAUUUAAUUUGUUUAUUUUGUUUCCAAAAUAAAUAUAGAUGUUAAUGUUUUAAAUAAACCACCUCAGUUUUUCAGCUGAAAUAACCGCUGGACUUACAAGUACUUAAUUAUGCAACCAAGGUAUGUACUAUUUAGAUCAAUUUAUUUUGCUUUGAUGUAAUUAUAUUGUACCAAAUAGUUUUAUAUCCUAUAUAGUCUAUUGUACUAAAAUAUAUGGUUUACAAGUUUCAAACUUAAUGUUUGUCGUGAUGAUUUUAUUCACAAAUGGGUAAAAAAAUUUUAAUUUUAUUGCAAUAUCUAAGUUUUGUAAAUUUCCUUAAUUCAGCUUAAUUAUUUGUCACCGACCAUAAAUACCACAAUUGGUGUAUCUUCUUUCGCAACU